UGUUCUACUUCGAUGAAGAAGUUGAGAAAUCUUUCACCAAUAGUAAUAAUUUUAUUACAUUACACGUGUCUCUGUCUUAACAUUCAGUUAAUCUCCGCCGUUGAAAUAGAUGACGGAACUAACAAGAUCGAGAGUCACCAUUAUGAACGGUCAGGAUGGACGGUGAGUCUCCGGAUGAAAGAGGAGAAAUGGGAAGAGUUAGGGCGGCGGAGUGCAGCGUUUAAGAUUGCUUUGUUUGCAGAUCUUCAUUUUGGUGAGAACGCGUGGAGCGAUUGGGGCCCUAAACAAGAUGAGAACUCAGUUAGAGUCAUGUCUAAUGUGCUUGACUAUGAAACCCCAGAUUUUGUAAUUUACUUGGGAGAUGUUAUAACAGCAAACAACAUAGCAAUAAAAAAUGCAAGCUUGUAUUGGAAUCAAGCAAUUUCCCCAACAAGAGAGAGGGGAAUACCAUUUGCUACUGUGUUUGGGAACCAUGAUGAUGCAACAUUUCAAUGGCCUAUUCAAUGGUUUUCAACACCUGGGAUUCCCCAAAUUCUUUGCCCUCUUCCCAAUUCUACUACUUCUCCAGGGGAAGAAGAGUGUAGCUUUAAGGGUACAACUCGCUUGGAGUUGAUGAAAAAUGAGGUUAAGCAUAAUAAUAUGCUAUCACAUUCUAAAAGUGGCCCUAAAGAGCUUUGGCCAAGUGUGUCAAAUUAUGUUCUCAAACUCUCAUCACCAGAAGAUCCAGACUCACCAGUGGCUUUUCUCUAUUUCUUGGACUCUGGUGGUGGAUCCUAUCCCCAACUUAUUUCAAGUGCUCAAGUAGAAUGGUUCAACUCCACAUCUCAAAACAUCAACCCUAAUUCAAGGGUGCCUGAGGUAAUUUUCUGGCAUAUACCUAGCAAAGCAUACAAGAAAGUGGCUCCAAUAUUUGGUAUACACAAACCUUGUGUGGGUUCAAUUAAUAAAGAGAGAGUUGAUACUCAAGAAGUUGAAAAUGGUAUCAUGGAACUUCUUGUUGAAAGGCCUUCUGUCAAGGCAGUAUUUGUUGGUCAUAACCAUGGUCUAGAUUGGUGCUGCCCACACAACCAACUUUGGCUUUGCUUUGCCCGACACACCGGUUAUGGCGGCUAUGGAAGCUGGGCUAGAGGAUCUAGGAUUGUAGAAAUCACUCAGCAUCCUUUCUCUAUUAGAUCUUGGAUAAGAAUGGAAGAUGGUCAUGUACAUAGUGAAGUUGUCCUUGAAUGAAGUGUUUCCCACUUGAUUAUUUUGUAACAUGAAUUGGUAUUGUCCCACAUAGUGAUGUUUGUAUGAUUGUAUCUAUUAUUAGAUACUAUUUAUAUUGGUUUGGGUUUAAGCUCUUAUAAUUUUGCCUCA